AUGGCGAGCAACAGCGUCAAUGGAGCGCAAGGCGAGCCUACCAAGGUCACGAUCCUGGGCAAAGACUCGAUAGUCGUCGAUUACGGCAUCUGGCAGAAUUACAUCGCCCAGGAUCUGCUUACCAACAUUCCAUCGUCGACAUACGUCCUCAUCACCGACACCAACAUCGGCCCCCUCUACACACCCACCUUCGAGCGCGCCUUCGCAUCCGCCGCAUCUUCGCUCUCCUCCUCUCCGCGUCUUCUCACGUACCAAAUAUCGCCCGGCGAGACAUCCAAGUCGCGGAAUACAAAAGCAGCAGUAGAAGACUGGCUGUUGUCGCAAGGAUGUGUGCGCGACACCGUCAUAAUAGCCCUGGGCGGAGGUGUCAUUGGGGACAUGAUAGGCUAUGUCGCGGCGACGUACAUGCGCGGCAUCAAGUUCGUCAACGUGCCUACGACGUUGCUGGCCAUGGUCGACUCGAGCAUAGGCGGCAAGACGGCCAUUGACGUGCCUGCGGGCAAGAACCUGGUUGGCGCCUUCUGGCAGCCGGAGAGAAUAUACAUCGAUCUGCAUUUUCUCGAGACGCUCCCCAAGAGAGAGGUCAUUAAUGGCAUGGCAGAGGUGGUCAAGACGGCUGCAAUCUGGAAUGAGGAGGAAUUCACAACACUCGAGGGCAAUGCGGAUGCCAUCUUGGCUGCUAUUGACCAGAAGCCUGUCAAUGGCCGUAAAAACUUCGACAACAUUGCCAGCAUACUGAAGCGCAUAGUAUUGGGCUCGGUACGCGUCAAGGCUGAAGUCGUCUCAGCAGACGAACGCGAAGGCGGACUGCGCAAUCUGCUAAACUUUGGACACUCGAUCGGUCACGCUUACGAAGCCAUACUCACGCCCCAGAUCCUCCACGGAGAGUGUGUCGCGAUAGGAAUGGUAAAGGAGGCUGAGUUGGCCAGAUACCUGGGCGUACUAGACCCCUCCGCAGUGGCACGGUUGACAAAGUGCAUUGCGAGCUACGGAUUGCCUACAUCACUCUCAGACAAGACGGUGCGGAAACGGUCGGCCAACAAGCAUUGCCCCGUUGACGAGCUCAUCAAGAUCAUGGCUGUGGACAAAAAGAACGCUGGCAAAACUAAGAAGAUUGUGCUUUUGUCAGGCAUUGGCAGGACACACGAAAAGAAGGCUAGCUCGGUCGAGGACCGCGACAUCAAAAUUGCUCUAUCACCGAGCAUAUCCGUUCACCCCGGCAUUCCCUCCGACCUCAAUGUGACAUGUAAACCUCCUGGAUCUAAGAGUAUCUCGAACCGUGUGCUGGUGCUUGCUGCGCUAGGAACUGGCUCGUGUCGCAUCACCAAUUUGCUGCACUCUGACGACACACAAGUCAUGCUGGACGCGCUGGCAAAGAUGCAAGGUGCUAGCUUCGCAUGGGAGAACGACGGCAAGGAGCUAGUAGUCACUGGCAAUGGCGGCAACCUGAAGGCUUCGAGCAACGAACUCUACCUCGGAAACGCUGGUACUGCGGCACGUUUCCUGACUUCCGUGACCGCGCUCUGCCAACCUGUCGAAGGCGUCACAUCCACAGUAGUCACUGGUAACGCGCGUAUGAAAGAGCGGCCCAUUGGUCCGCUCGUCAAAUCUCUUCGCACAAUGGGCGUGGAGAUUGACUAUCAAGAGAACGAAGGUAGUCUGCCGCUACGAAUCUCAGCGUGCAGUGGCUUUGGUUCUGAUUCUUUCACCGGCGAGAUCGAGCUCACUGCCAACGUGUCGUCGCAAUACGUAUCCUCAAUUCUCCUGAGCGCACCCUACUCCAAGAAGCCUGUGACACUGCGCUUGGUUGGCGGCAAGGUCAUCUCUCAACCUUACAUCGACAUGACCAUCGCCAUGAUGGCUUCCUUUGGCGUACAGGUUGAACGAUCUGCAGAUGACCCUAACACCUACCACAUCCCUAACAAGCCAUACACUAACCCCUCAGAAUACGAGGUGGAAAGCGAUGCUAGCUCCGCUACCUACCCUCUUGCUAUCGCGGCCAUCACUGGUACGACGUGCACGGUGCCCAACAUCGGUUCUAGCUCCCUGCAAGGUGAUGCACGAUUCGCUGUCGAGGUUCUUAAGCCUAUGGGCUGCAAGGUGGAACAGUCAAAGACUUCCACAACCGUCACAGGCCCUCCUCGUGGUGGAUUGAAAGCUGUAAAGGAAAUUGACAUGGAGCCGAUGACCGAUGCUUUCCUCACAGCAUCAGUAUUAGCCGCAGUCGCAUCAUCAAAUGGUAGCACAACCACCACCCGCAUCUAUGGUAUCGCGAAUCAACGUGUCAAAGAGUGCAACCGCAUUCAGGCUAUGGAAGAUGAGCUCGCCAAGUUUGGUGUUACCUGCAGGCAAUUUGAUGAUGGUAUUGAAGUUGACGGAAGGGGUUAUGAACUCGAAGCUCCCAAAGUUGGCAUUCACUGCUACGAUGAUCAUCGUGUCGCCAUGAGUUUCGCCGUGCUAUCUCUGGUGGCUCCCGCGCCUGUACUCAUUCUUGAAAAGGAAUGUACUGGCAAGACGUGGCCCGGCUACUGGGACUCUCUGAGUCAGAUCUUCAAAACCGACCUCUCAGGUGUAGAGCUGCCACCUCGACCAAACGCACACAAGGCUGCAUCAAGAACUGAGCAAAAGUCCAUCUUCAUCAUCGGCAUGCGCGGUGCCGGCAAGACAACCGCUGGUGGCUGGGCAGCGCGCGCGCUCGGACGCCCAUUCAUCGAUCUGGACACCGCACUCGAGGAACAUGUUGGCAUGACGAUACCUGAACUCAUCAAGACGCAGGGUUGGGAAGGCUUCAGAAGCGAAGAGCUGAAGCUUCUAGCGCAAACUGUCAAAGAGAAGCCCAAUGGCCACGUCUUCGCCUGUGGUGGUGGGAUAGUUGAAACACCAGAAGCUCGCAAGAUCCUUGUCGACUACCAAAAGAGUGGUGGCAUAGUGCUGCUCGUCACACGGGACAUCAACGAAGUAGUUGCCUUCUUGCAGAUUGACAAGACACGGCCAGCAUAUGUAGACGACAUCAUGGGCGUCUGGCUGCGAAGGAAAGACUGGUACACAGAGUGUAGCAAUUACCGCUUCCACAGUCAGGUCACGGGAUCGCGUGGGCUUGCUCAGACGCAAGGGGAGAUUGCUCGUUUCCUGAAUACCAUUACUGGCAAGGCCACUACCUUGAAGGCGCUCAAGAAGAGGAAGCAUUCUUUCUUCGUCUGCUUAUCUGCGCCUCGACUUGAGCCUUGCAUCAAGACGCUACCAGAAAUGGUUGUCGGAUCGGAUGCUGUUGAGCUUAGAAUCGACUUGUUAGAAGACCCUAACGGUCAAGAAGGCCUACCAACCCCGGAGUUUGUCAUUGAACAACUGACGAUACUACGGACUGUCACAUCAAUACCGGUCAUAUUCACCUUGCGAACAAAAGCCCAAGGCGGCAGGUUCCCAGAUCAGGCAUACGAUGAAGCUCUUGUCCUGUAUCGGACAGCAUUACGGCUUGGUUGUGAGUUCGUGGAUUUGGAGAUGACUAUGCCUGAAGAUAUUCUGCGCGAGGUCUCGGAGACCCGCGGGUUCUCAGAGAUCAUUGCCAGCCACCACGAUCCCAAAGGCGAGCUCAACUGGAGAAACGGCUCAUGGAUGCAGUACUACAACCGCGCGUUGCAGUAUGGUACUGUCAUCAAACUCGUUGGUGUCGCCAGUUCGCUUGAGGACAACUUUGCGCUUGCAGAGUUCAAGAGUUGGGCAAACACUGCGCAUCCCGUUCCUCUUAUCGCUAUUAACAUGGGUGAGCAUGGCAAGCUGAGCAGAAUACUCAAUGGCUUUAUGACGCCUGUCUCACAUCCCCUACUACCCUCCGCUACCGCACCGGGUCAACUAUCGGCAGCGGACAUUCGCCGCGGCCUAUCGUUGAUGGGCGAGAUCCCGACGAAAAAGUUUUUCAUUUUCGGCUCACCGAUUGCGCAAAGUCCCAGUCCACGUCUACACAACAGACUGUUCCGCGAGGCCGGGCUUCCGCAUGUUUACAGUCGUCACGAGACGACUGAUGCAAGCUCCAUCCGAAACAUCAUCCGCUCGUCAGAUUUCGGCGGUGGAAGCGUCACGAUUCCGUUGAAGCAGGACAUCGUACCCCAUCUCGAUGGUUUAGGCCCAGAAGUCGAAGCGAUCGGUGCCCUUAACACCAUCGUUCCCGAGACCUCAGUCGACGAAACCACCAGUGAGGAAGUUAUUCGCCUGAUCGGUCGCAACACCGACUACUUAGGCAUGGUACUCAUCCUGCGUAACGCCGGCGCCCAAGGUAGCGGUUCUGCGCUCGUCAUUGGAGGCGGCGGCACAAGUCGCGCGGCCAUUUACGCACUCAAAGAGAUGGGCUAUGGGCCUAUCUACCUCCUCGGUCGCAACCCCUCGAAGAUGGAGACCCUGAAGAACGCUUUCCCAGCUGAGUACAACUUGCAGGUCAUCAGCUCUCCGGAAGAAGUCCAGUCUAUGGAGAGCACGCCACAAGUAGCCAUCGGAACCAUCCCUGCCGACCAACCUAUCGACGUUGCUAUCCGUGAAACACUUUGCACGUUAUUUGAGAAAGGCAAAGCGAGCGUCAAGGAUGUUGAGCCCGGUCUGGAGAGGAUAUUGCUUGAAAUGGCGUACAAGCCUCCUGUUACGGCAUUGAUUCAGCUUGCGAUGGACAAUGGGUGGAAGACGGUGAAUGGUCUCGAAGUGUUGGUUGGACAGGGUGUGCAUCAGUUUGAGUAUUGGACUGGUAUUAAGCCGCUGUAUAGUGUUGCUAGGGAUGCUGUGAUUAACCAGACGGACUAA